AUGGGCACCACCCCGCUUCUCAUGGACACUCUGUCCACUGCUUCCAAUGCGGACCUUCCCAGCGUCUGCCGUCGUUCGACCGUUCGAUCUGGUAUUUUCAAGACCGUCGAUGACUUCCAAGACUUUGAUGUUGGUGGGCCUGGCUGGCACCCCGGCGCAGAACCAGGGCUAGACCCCAAGAAGGCAGACGGAGGACAUGCCUCAAUGUCUACUCUUAGUGCGCCAUGUGAUAUCACAGUUGUCGACUUCUCACAUCAUCGCCUUGCCACACAUAGGCGUGAUAACGAAACACUCGCCGCGUUCAUGAACCUGCCCCAGCCGGAAUGGGUCAAAUGCCGCUGGGUCAACGUCAAUGGCCUGAGUUGGGAUGAUUCAGAUUCCGAAGACAGUGAUUCGGAUUUCUUCGAGAGUUCAGCGGUAGACGUUGAAACUCCCAUCAUCCGCCGCCAGACCAGGGACACCAUCGUUCGGCAAUCUUGUGACGCUUCCAUGGUCGGCCAGGCUAUCAUCAAUGCCAUCAUCGACCUAGCGAUGCCGGUGAUUACGUGUUAUACCGAAGUUAUUGGCGAUCUCGAGCUUGACAUGCUUACCAAGCUCAACAUCAAGCAUACCAAGAGCCUUUACAUUCUCGUCACCGAAAUGAACAAGAUGCUAGGCUUCAUAAACCCGGUAAUCACUCUCAUUAACGCUCUCCGCGACCACAAACGAAAAUGCUACAAUACGUAG